AUGCUUUCGAUCUGCGGUCGGGCAAUGUUUAAUCCUCUCCGCUUCAUCACUAGAACAGCGAACAGAAUAACACACUGCAAACGGGACCUCACCAAACUCAGCUACUUUCACAAGCCCGGGAAAGACCAGCUACUGCCCUGGACUGUGGGACAUUUGAUUGACAGAGCGACAGAGAGAAUCGGUGACACCACAGCCAUUGUGUACUCUCAUCAAAACAUCAGCAAGACAUACACGGAAUAUAGAAAAGACGUAGACCAACUAGCUGCAGGCCUGGUUUCUCUCAAACUUCCUGAGGGUUCCAGGGUUGCCAUACUCGUUCCAAGACUCUACGAAGGGGCCCAGCUACUUUAUGCGGCGUCCAAGGCGGGACUUGUUAUGGUUGGCAUCAACACAUUCUGCACGGUUUCGGAACUUGAGUUUUGUUUGAAUAAGACGGAGAGUGCGGCUCUGAUCCUUGCGGAUAAAUUUACGGAUACAAAUUUCUACGAGACGUUGCUCCAAAUUGCACCGGAAAUGGAGAGGUCGGCGCCUGGAGAGUUGAGCAGCCAAAGGCUACCGUUCUUGAAACACGUCAUCACCAUAGGCGACAUCCGGAAGCCCGGCAGUAUUACUUUCGAUGAUUUGAUAAAUUCAGGGACGGCUGAACACCACGUCGCCAUGAACGCCGUGUCUGCCAAAGUGCAGUUCGACCAGGACGCCUUCAUUCAAUUUUCCUCGGGUACAACUGGAGAACCCAAACCUGUGCGACUGUCUCACUUUAACGUUGUCAACAACGCCAACAUCGUGGGCCGCUUCAUUGGAUACCACCAACAGCCUGAGUCGAUUUGCCUGAACGGCGAGCUGAUCUACGGAUUCGGCAGAACACUGGGCGUGUUGGCUGCCACAAUGUUUGGCUGCACCGUAAUGAUGCCGGGACUUGCAUUCUCGCCAAAAGCGACCCUAGAGACCAUCGCAAACCACAGAUGCACCGUGGCCUACGCUACACCGUCUAUGCUCUUCGAGAUGAUGCGCGAGCUUGAACAAGGGUCGUACGACGUUACAUCUCUUAGAAAAGGUGUGCUGUCCGGGUCCGUAUGUAAUCCUACCCUUGCUGAAAAGGCACGAACAAAGCUGAACGUCCAAAGUUUAUACAUAAUGUACGGCGCCACCGAGACCAGUCCGAUCUUCAGCAGCACAAAUCCGGAUGAACCAAAGGAUUGCUGGAUUCGGACGGUUGGGACACCGCUGGAUCACGUCGAGGUGAAGGUUGUGGACGCCGAAGGCAAGAUUGUUCCAGUGAACACGAGGGGAGAGCUGUGCACGCGAGGCCCCCACGUCUUCAAGGGCUACCUCAACGAUGAUGCCAAGACGAAGGAAGCCAAACGAGACGGCUGGUACCACACUGGAGACGAGGGGAAAAUGAGCGAGGACGGUCGGAUCACAUUUGUGGGCCGCAUGAAGGAGAUGAUCAACUACAGGGGAUUGAAAGUGCCGCCACUGGAGGUCGAGAAUGUCCUCAACAUGCACCCCGACGUGAAGGAGGCGCAGGUGAUUGGAGUACCAGACGAAACGGUGGGGGAGAAGAUUUGCGCGUGGAUCAAGCUGCAACCAAAUAAAUCAUUAAUCCAAGAAGAGAUCAAAGCCUUUUGUAAAGACAAGCUGUCAUGGUUCAUGGUACCUGAACACGUGCUGUUCGUGAAUUCCUUCCCGAGGACUCAGACUGGAAAAGUUCAGAAGCACAAGAUGCGGGAGGAAAGCGUGCGGCUCUUCAAGCAGUGAAUAAGACAAAAAACAAAUAAAAACAAUGAAGAAUUAUUUCUACAAUA